AUGAGCGACGCGACGUUGCUGGCCGCGUGCCAGUCGGCCCUGCGCCGUCCCUUUCCUUUGCAAGAAGGCGGCGAUGUGCGCAUCCACACUGCCUUUAGCCACCCCCGCCCUGUGCGCUCGCUGUACCCCCUUGCGCACAUCCACCCCAGCGACGGACAGGCGUCGAGUGCGUCGGACGCGCCGACUGUCUGGCAGGAGCAUGUGAUGGUCACCGCAAGCUGGAAGGCGGGCGACGACGAGCGCCUGAUGUACGCACUCGAGGCAUACGUGUACACAGUGCCUGCCGCUGGCGCAGGGCUCUUGUACAUAUCCAAGCUGGACUCGACGGGCUACGGCCCAACGGUGCUGCCGGGCCGCACGCACUUUCCCGACGCGUACCGCCACGCCCCCAGCAUCACCACUGCGCUGACUGCGGCGACGAUUGCGUACUUUGCGUCGCGUGCACACUGGCGCAUGUCGCCGCACAUCCGCCAUGUCUCGGUGCAUGUGCUCGCACGCGCCCAGGCCGCGUACCUCUUCCCCUCGUCGCCCGACAACAAAGCGAAGCGUGUCCUGUCGGACGCCGCAUUGAUUCGCUGGUGGCAGGCGUGUCUUAGCGAGAGUAUUGCGCAGGUUCGCGAGGCGCAUCCGGCCGACGCGGUUUCCGCGUACUACGUGAUCCCUGGCUAUGCGCGUCUCGACUCGCACCCCCUCGUUCCCCUGCUAGCGCCGGGUGCCGAGCACCCGCCUGGAUCGCGCGGGUCCAAGCUUUCCGAGGCGCAGUGGGUCUAUGGCCACCCCUACAGUGCGCUGGGCUCCGGCAAGGCGCCCGACGCGCUCCCCUCGCUCCCCCUUCACCCCGCUCCCAGCGAGGAGCGCACUGUGCACGGCAACAACGUGCUGCACCGCCGUACACUCUCGACCAUGAUCCCUAUAUUCCCCGACGACCCUAAAGGGCGCUUUAUUAACGAAAUGUGCGCGACGGCGCACGAGCCUGGCAAGCUGCCAGCGCCCGGCGAGGACGGCGCGCGUCUCUCGCUGGAGCACCGCGAGGCGAUGGCCGAGCGCCAGACGCUCGACCGUACGAGUGCCGAUGCGUUUUGGGAGCGCAUGGGUUUCCGGCAAGAGUGCUCGUCCGGCAACGCCGUCGGCGUGUUUGUCGUGGGUGUCAGCCAGAGCAAGGAGGCGGCCCGUGCGCCGGCUGACGCCCCCCCGCCUUCGGACCGUACGACGCCGCCCGCGCAGCCGUUUGCACUCCCCCACCCCAUGCUCGAGGAUCUGGUCCUCAAGCACCUGCUGCGCGACGCCUGCCACUGGUCGGAUGCCGAUCAGGCCGUGCGGCUCACCGGUCAAUUCUACCAGGCGUUGGACCGUGCGAUGCGGCGCAAGGCCAGUGCGGACACCACGGCCGACGAGCUUGCCGGGCGCGGUGAGAUCUGGGACAUCUGUACGCCGAUGCGCACGAGCCACCUUCCGCGCCCGCCGCGCCCGUUCGAGUACUUUCCGUGA